GGGUUCGUUUGUUUCAAGUUUCUGGUGUGCGAUUCUCCCGCAGUUCCUCCUUCAGCUGGCCGAUUCCGCGUUUGCUUCCCCACGGCGGUGAUGAGAAAAGUUUGUUUGAGAGAAGCUUUAAAUCAGUGUUCGUCUAACCGCGUCCGCGGGCACUAGCUUUGCCAUUCGAUUUAUGGUUAACAUUCGCUCCUCGGAAGAAGCAGUGAAGUAUAAAAACGGUUGCUUCCCUCGCCGAACGAAAAGGAAGGAGGUGCGUUCUCGCUUGCAAGAGUGUGUGCAGUGCAAAACCAUUUUCAUUCAUAUACGGACACAUACGACGGACCACGGACAGAAUGGUUCUUUGACCAAAAUCGGAUUAAUUACAGGAACCUCGUGUGCGAAGGGAUUUUUCCACACGAGUUUGUUUCCUAUCGGUGAAGGUUGUCCCAAAAGUGUCAUUCCCACACAUCCAAAGCUGAUUUUGCAACCAUCUGCUGCCGCGGACUAGUUGUGCCGUUCCGUAAGAAAAACGGGUGUGCGUGGAAAGUUGCAAGAAAUUACUUUGGAUGAAGCCUAGCAUUAAGUUUUAACUUGGAGCAGCAGUGAGCGAUUUUCAACCCGUUGGAUUUACUUACGGUUUAUGUGAUCCGUCAAGCGAAGAAGAAAAGCAAAACACCGUAUUAAAUUCGAGUGCGCCCCCCCCGGGGGGAAGUGCGAAAGCGGCAGACGGGAUCUCGUUGUGUGUGCUCUAUUGUAAAGCUGAAGAUAGUGUCGUAAAAAUAACCACCCGAAGAGAUGGAAAUCGGUGCUAGUUGAAGGAAUUUCUAGACCACUCUCGGGGAAUUUGGGCUGUUGUUUGAGUGAUUGACUUCCCAAGGAGUCGGUGUGUGACGGAAUCCAAGACCAAAAACAGCAUCAAGUGGGUGUUUGGUGCGGCCUACACUAAGUCUCGGUCCAACGAAACAGAGAGAAAAGAAAUAAGUCUCGAAGCUCAGCAGAAAGAUGAAAAACGGAAGAAUAAAUCAGCAUUUGCAUCGCUGAUUCUUGUCCAGAAGAGGACUGUGUAGUGGGAGCAGAAGAAACAGAACGUGACAUUGAAGCUCCCGGAAGGCCGCCAGAGGACGGCAAAGGAGGCAGAAUUCUUGACCCCGAUUGGGCAUAUUGGGAGCUGCAGCAAUAAAACCAGUUCAUCUACUACAAUGAGUUCCACCGUCGUCACCAGAAGAGGUGCCCAGAAGGCCAAAAUCAGCACCAGAGCCCAGCAGGCAGCGGAAGCGGCAGAAGCCAGCGAGCGAAGGAACAAAUUCUACGGCCGCCGACCGAAUCCAAUUAGCUUGGCCGAAGCGAAGAAGAGGGGGAAGCUGAAAAUGGAAGGAUCGGCACUGGGUCCGGAUCAGGCCGGAGUGCAGCUGAAGGACAUCUACAGUAAUGCCAUGUCCUCGAUGGAACUGGUCCGUGGCGAGACGGGGCUGGUUUAUGACGAGAGAUUUGCCGAGCAUCGUUGCCUGUGGGAUGAAGGGUAUCCGGAGUGUCCGGAGAGGUUUACCCGGGUGCUGGAACGUUGUCGGGAGUUGGGGCUGGUCGAUAGAUGUAAGAUGAUUGAGCCGAGGAUGGCUACGGAGGAGGAAAUCCUCACGAAGCAUACGCCGGAACAGGUCGAGAUUCUGAGAGAGACGAAGGGAAGCGAGGAUCUGGAACGGUUGGAGGAGCUUAGUUCGCAUUACGACGCGGUUUUUGUGCACCCGUCUUCGUACGAUUGUUCGCUGCUGGCUUGCGGGAGCACGAUCGAGCUGGUAGAUGCUGUCGUGGGCGGUCGGGUGCAGAACGGGAUGGCGAUUAUUCGACCGCCCGGGCAUCACGCAAUGAAGGCCGAGUACAAUGGGUACUGUUUCUUCAACAAUGUGGCCAUUGCUGCCCAGCAUGCGCUGGAUCGGUUGGGGCUGAAGAAGAUCCUGGUGGUGGACUGGGACAUCCACCACGGACAGGGAACGCAGCGGAUGUUCUACGAUGAUCCGAGAGUACUGUACUUUUCGAUUCAUCGGUACGAGUGCGGCAAGUUCUGGCCGAAUCUGCGGGAAUCGGACUUUGACUACGUCGGAGAAGGAGCGGGAUUGGGCUACAACUUCAAUGUGCCGCUCAACCGGAUCGGGAUGACGAACGGGGAUUAUCUGGCCAUUUGGCAGCAGAUUCUGCUGCCCGUGGCAAUGGAGUUCAACCCAGAGUUGGUUAUCGUUUCGGCCGGUUAUGAUUCUGCCCUCGGGGAUGACAAGGGACAAAUGGAGAUCACCCCGGCCUUCUACCCGCAUCUUCUAACUCCGCUGAUGUCUCUCGCUCAGGGGCGUGUCGCUGUCAUCCUGGAAGGUGGUUAUUGCCUGUCAUCCUUAGCCGAGGGCGGUGCCCUCACCUUGCGGACACUCCUCGGCGAUCCUUGCCCACUACUGGUAGAAAAGCUGCAACCUCCAUGCGAAAGCAUGCAGCAAACCAUCCUGAACUGUAUCCACACCCACCGACCCUUCUGGAAGAAUCUCCAGCUGAACGACACGUACGGUCUCGAGGAGCUGAACAAUGUCAAUCCGCAGCCAAACUUCCACCAAGUGAUCCAAUACUACGUCCAACCGGAACCUCAACCCGAACCCGUCCGCUACGAAACCCGCAACUGUUAUCCCCUUCAAAGCACCGAAGAGAAAGCCCGUAUCGAGGAACGUCUGGCCAUGCUCCAGAUUGCCACUCGUCUUACAUUCCCUGCGAACCGCGUCUGCUUCGUGUACGAUGAGUCGCUCCUGGAGCACCGGAACGUCCACGAAGAUCACCCGGAACAACCGGAUCGGAUCGCCAAGAUCUACACCCGCCACGAAGAGUACAAACUGCUGGCCCGGAUGAAGCGCCUCAAGCCGCGACAUGCGACCACCACCGAACUGUGCAUGGUUCACUCGCGGCAGCACGUCAACGUGAUCCGGAGGACCGUCGAACGAGAGGAGAUGAAGCAGGUGGCGGACCAGUUCAACUCGGUCUACUUCCACCCGAAGACGUUUGAAUGUGCCACGUUGGCGGCUGGUUCCGUCCUGCAGGUCGUUGACGAAGUGUUGAACGGUCAAUCGAGAAGCGGAGUGUGCAUCGUUCGACCCCCUGGCCAUCACGCCGAAUCCGACAUGCCGCAUGGAUUCUGCAUCUUCAACAAUGUUGCCAUCGCGGCGCAGUACGCCAUUCGUGAUCACGGCUUGAAACGGGUGCUGAUCGUAGAUUGGGACGUCCACCACGGAAAUGGCACGCAGCAUAUCUUCGAGAGUGAUCCCAGGGUAUUGUACAUUUCGGUUCAUCGGUAUGACAACGGGACGUUCUUCCCGAAGAGUACCGAUGCGAACUUCGACGUAGUUGGGUCCGGAUCGGGUGAGGGCUUCAACGUGAACAUCCCUUGGAACAAAAAGGGCAUGGGAGACCAGGAAUAUUCGGCGGCCUUCCAGCAGAUCAUCCUGCCAGUGGCGUACGAAUUCGACCCGGAGUUGGUGCUAGUAUCAGCUGGAUUUGAUGCGGCCAUCGGGGAUCCGCUAGGUGGAUGCAAAGUCACUCCCGAAGCGUACGGAUUCUUUACCCAUUGGCUAUCUUCGCUGGCCAACGGUCGAAUAGUGGUUUGUCUGGAAGGAGGCUACAACGUGAACUCGAUCUCGCAUGCCAUGGCGUUGUGCACGAAAUCACUCCUUGGAGACCCACUGCCAAUGCUACACCUGAGUUCUCGAUACAACGGACCAAACGCUGCCUGCGUGGAAACUUUGCGAAACGUAUUGUCAGUGCAGGAGAAGUUCUGGAAGUCGUUGCGGUUCAACAAGAAGCUUCCGGACUUCAGCAACAUCUCCGGUGCGGAACCGGACCUGAAUGGUGCCUUCAGCAGAAUGCGUCUGUCGACGUCGGCCACAGAAUCUUCCGGCAGUAGUAGUGGAUCGCCUUCGUCGGCGGGAUCCUCACCGGUGAAGGGAAAGGACGAAAGCGACGUCCCGUGUGAUGGCGAUGAACAACCCGGCCCAAGCCGGAAAAGGAAAACGGAGGACCCGGUGGAGGCUGGACCAAGCGCGGGACGGUCCAGCACCGGAGAAAAGCACGAAACGCUCAGGGAUUUCUUGGCUGCCAAUCUAGAGGCCUUACAGAACGAGGAGAUGUUUGCUGUCGUUCCCUUGCGGGACUGUCCGCAUCUUAAAGAACUCAACCCGGAGAAUAUUCCCGAAGCCAUCAGUACAAAAUCCCCUUGCACCGGGUGCGACUCCGCGAUAGAGAACUGGGUCUGUCUGCACUGCUUCCGGGUGCACUGUGGUCGCUACAUCAACGAGCACGCCAUGCUGCACAGCGUGGAGGCGGACCACGCUCUGGCCCUCAGCUUCAGCGACCUCUCGGUGUGGUGCUACAAGUGCGAGUCCUACAUCGACAAUCCGGUGCUGUACGCGUACAAAAACCUGGUCCAUCGGGACAAAUUCGACGGCGAAGAGCUGGUAUGGUCCUACGGGAGCGACCUGUUCCUGGACGUGGCCAAACCCAAGCCCGGCAAGACCAAGGAAUGAUAUUUGUUUUUGUCCAAGAUUUUGGUCCGGAUAUUUAUGCUCUAUUUGGCCAACUAUCUGAUAACUGCCUACUUCAAGUGAGCCCCCUGGGUCCUCCUAUCCUGAGUGGUGCUCGAAAUUUUUGUUAAGCACACUAAAAAUCCCAUAAAAGUAUUAUUACGUAGGCAUUCGCUAUUGCUAUGCUGAAACAUCCUCGAUUUUCGAGCAUGGCAAAGCUUUUAACCACGUACAUUUUUUUAAUCUGACUAUUUUUCGGAUGAUUUUAACAAAGCCAUUAAAGGCUACUAAUAAUCCUAUUGUUAUUUGACUGUAACGAAAUUUUCUUUAGAAUAACUUAUCUCUAGAACGUUCAAACUAGUAUUUAAGCGGGCAUCUAAAUUAUUAACAAAAAAAACAAUGCUAACCAAAGAAGUGAUAGCAAACACUAACGUAUAACUUGACGCAACUAAGAGGAAAUAAAAGACAAAUUGAUAUUGUUAACCAACGAUUAGUAACUAGAAACGGUCCAUAAAAGAUUCCGAUUUGUAAUUAAGGAACAAGCCAGUGACUAAACAAAAUAUGUUCAGGUCUACGACAUAAGUAGGACGAAGGAAUAACUGAUCCCGUAGGAUGUUAUGCAGUUCAUAUCUUCCUACAAACACUCAAAAAGGUUGCGUUUUAGAACUGCACAUCAUGCACCCUACAAAAUGUUGAAUGAAAAUUGUUAGUUUAGUAAUCCACACUAGUUGAAAUACAAUAAAAAUAUUAAUGUAUGUUUA